GUCAUAAGCAGUACAUGUACAUGCAUCAUUUUCAACAAAACACCACAAUACUUCCUUCCUUUAUUAAAGUGGAUGUAUUUGUUUGUUUUUUUAACGCGGUUCAAAGGAAGCUACUCAUUGUCCACUUCCUGUUCACUGCGUUCUGUAACCAUGGCAACUCACCAGUAGGACACCGCGGAGACACAAUGGCGCUGAAUAAAGCCGCCGUCUUCAGAGGGAGCAUGACGUCACCCAGAUUGGGCGUGGUCAGAGAGUCAAUGCUAACCAAUCCAUUGCUGAUCAAGGCACGUGUGGGUCAGAUCGGUUCCAGAGGUCUUUAUGUUCCUGGUCCGGAUUUCACUUGUGGAGCUGGCAGUACACAAGGAAAUGGGGGCGUGGCUGAAGUUCUGUCGGGGUGGAGGGUCCAGUCCACACAAAGCUCCGCCCCCCGUCAACCGCGCACCAAAGAUUUUGUGGCCCUCAACCGGGAUGCGGUCCGAUGCGGGCUGGUGACGGCCAAACAACUGAAGGAGUACAGAGCGCAAAGGGCCAAGCAGGACCCCGACCCCAAAGUCCAGAGGGUCAGAACUUCCCAGCAUCCGGCUAUCCCCGACAUCACCUUUGGAAUCAACACCACCAGGUCGGCGUCUCCAUUCUUUGAUCUUUUGUCUCAUGAGUACGGUCGUCGUUGGCGGGAAGACGUCAUGAAACGGAGUCGUGACGUUGAACGAUUUAAGAGGGGGCAGUGUGGUUUCCCCAUUGAGACAAGGACUUCUUUAUUGCGGAGGAGCGCGCGUCAUCCCCACGCCAACACGCAGGUUCAAUGUGGUUCCUUUGAAGACUCGAGGACUACUUCAGUGCGAAGGAGCACACGUCUUCCUCAUAGCAACAAACAAAGUGUCUACACUCAGGUGUCUCCUGGGCUGGACACGUUCAGGAGGUAGAACAGGUGUGUUCAAGUCAACAGGUGAAGACAUCCAAUAAAAGUCCAUUUCAGUCA